CAAGUUCAGAAGAAAUUAACAUUUCAGAAAACAAAUUAACAUUUCAGAAAACAAAUUAACAUCACUCGAAACACUUUUACAAGUGGCAAAAUCAACCGGAAAGGGUAGGUACUAACUCCAAGGCUGACCCGGAAGUGAUAACGGAAGCGGGCAUUUCAACCCAAGAUGGACAGCAGUCGAGUGGCGUUUUGCCCGUUUUGUGGGGCACAUAUGAGUAGAUUAACGCGGUUUUGUUUUUCUUGUGGACGGUCCUUAGAGUUUUUAAAUGGGACAGAACAGACGGAAGGUCCAGAGGCACAGGGGAUAUGUCAACAGCCGGAUAAUGCUAAACAAACAGAAAAACCUUGCCCGUCAUAUAAACAGUUCCUGGAAUACCGAAGCUCGAAGUCCAAAGAGCGUCAGUCUUUUAACUACGGGCCUAGAGGAAGACACCGGGCUAAAGAACGAAAACAGGUCCAGAUAAACAUUGGAUUGAUGGUGCCAAGUGGAACUGAUUUAAAACCUCUAAGAGGGAAAACAGUCCCGUUAUUUGUAGACCCAGAGGUAGGAGCACCUGAGGUACUGCAACAAGCUGUCAAGAAAAUGCGAACAUUUAACAAGGACAUAGAAGAAGGACAGUACAUCCUGUUGUAUCCAGACUGCUCAGAGGUAGUCCAUGUGCCAGGAUCAGAAAGGCCAUUCAAAUUGGCAGACUAUAAAAAGGAACUAGGAAGGCCAUAUUCCAGAAUCACAUUUUUCAUUUGCCUUGAAACACAUUUUAAAGGAGCAGUGGAUGAUACCUCAGACUCUGAUUCUGAAAUUGUCAUCACAUCAAGGAGCAGGGCUGAGUUCAAUCAAGCUGACACAGUGGUUUUUGAACCACAAAAACAAAGUACUCCCAAAGAUAAGCCUGAAAAUGAAAGAGAUGCACUGGGACAUCAAGCUACAAUUCAGCCAGGACAGAUAUCUUUUGCUGAGGAUAAGGAUCCUUCUGAAACAAAUCCAGACAAGAGCUGCUACAGUAAAUACACAGAUCUGUAUGCACCAGGUGUUGAGGACGAGGAUGAGGAGCUGGUCCUUGUCAAUGUGGAGAAUUUCCAACACACAGUGAUUGAGAUGCACAUAACACUACCUGAAAUUGUAGCAAACCUGUCGCUUCCUAUUGAUCACAAAAGAGUCAGCAGGUUCAACAUCUCGAGGGCUAAUGUUUGGGAGGGAGCUGUCAGAGGUUUCAGACGUUCAUCAUAUUCUGAAAACUGUGACAUGCUGGUCAGAUUUACCGAUGAUGCAGGUGUUUAUGAGGAAGGGAUUGACACAGGUGGUCCGAGACGAGAAUUUUUAACUCUGCUAAUGAAGCACCUGAAAGACCGGCCAAUUUUUGAUGGACCAGAGGGACAUAGGUUCUUGGUCUACAAUGCAAAUGCUGUUAGGGAGGAUGAAUACUUCCUGGCAGGAAAGAUGAUUGCAGUUUCAGUUGUACAUGGAGGUCCGGGACCCCAUUUCCUGUCAGAAGAUCUUGUACAGUAUCUUGCUGGCCAGCCUUCAUUCAAACCAACAGUUAAUUUAAUAACUGAUGAAGAAAUAGGGAAAGCUUUGCGAGAGAUUGAGAAUGCUGCUACUUUGGAUGCUCUACAAGAAUGUAUCAUGAGACACAGCACAAUGUUGCAGACAGCAGGCUGUCUUAGACAUGUGGCUACUGUGGACGAAAAGACAGAAAUUGUGGCCGACUACCUCCAGUGGUAUAUUAUUGACCGCAACUCAUCUGUAAUUGACAGAUUCAAAGAUGGUCUUUCAGCUCUUCAGUUCCUGACUGCACUACAGCAACACCCUACUUUGCUGACCCCUGUCCUGUGCCACUGUGAAAAGCGACUGACUGCCUUUGAGUUUGAGAGACUCUUCAAACCUCAACUCAGCCCUUCAGGGAGUAAUAGGAGACUGAAAGAAAGCCAAACCUUGGCCUACUGGGCAGACUAUCUCCUUGAUUGUGAAGAAGGCGAGGCUGCUGUGUCUGUGGAAGACAUUUUGAUGUUUGCAACUGGGCUGACAUCACUUCCCCCAUCUGGCUUGGAACCACUGCCACAAAUAGAGUUCCUGGAUGACGUUCCACUCCCAAUGGCAAAUACAUGUUCAAACUUGUUGAAAUUACCAUUUCUGGAUUCAUAUAGUGUGUUUAAGUCACAAAUGGACUUUGGAAUUCAAAAUAGUCCAGGAUUUGGUUGUCUAUAAACUAUAUAGCUAGAUAACCAUUAGAGUAGUGUUUUUCAAACCUGGUCAUCCAGGCACAAUGCCCUGCACGUUUUAGAUCAGAGAUCCUAAUCCUGAAUAACUGAUUAACAGGCUUUUUUUUUUUUUUUAAACUGCAAUCAUCUGAAUCAGGUAUGUUAAAGCAGGAAAACUUGGACUCAAAAUGUUUUUUGUUCUUUGUUGGUAUUAUGUGCAUUUAAAGGUGCAGUUACUUUUGUUAAAAUACUUUAAAAUUGCGGUAAGCAAGCAUGUCUUUUUUUUUUUCCCCCUCAGACAGCAUUUGGACAAUUGUUUUUCAUUCAUUUAUUUCCAAAUUUUAAAUACUGAAACUGUGGGUGACAAGUUGUGUACAUGUUCCACCAUCAUUACAAUAAACUUCCCUUCAAUUCA